AUGCAUGUACUCUCUGAGCCAGAUGUCUCCAGUGUCUUCCGCGGUUUGACUAAGGAGAAAUGCCACACCUUUAUUGAGGCUCUCGGAGACGCUUUGAUUAGUAUCUCACGGGAGUCAAAGCCGAGUUUCCCAGCGUCGGACAAGCAAAUCCAUCAACCUCUCCGCACAGUCUUCACAACCAGCAAAAACAACAGCUGCAUCUUCAUGCCAAUCUCCGAUACCGUGUCAACUGGUAUCAAAGUUGUGACUGUCGCCGCUGGUGGUAUUCAAGGCGUCAUCAAUGUGUUUAAUCCGGAGGGACGCCUCCAAGGCCUCCUCGCCGCCGCCGAGAUAACAGCCUUCCGCACCGCCCUGGCAACUAUGACACUCCUAGUCCGUGUGACGACCAUCCGCAAAGACCAUGUUCUUGUUCUCGGCUCUGGUCGUCAGGCAGAGUGGCAUGCCCGACUCGCACUACUCCUUUAUCCCGAACAAGUGCGUAGGGUUAGCUUUGUGAACCGUGGAGCGAAGAGACUCGCAGAUAUAGAGCGCGAUGUCAUCUCCGAGCUGCGGGGCAGUUACCCCAAUGUUGUUUUCUCGACACUUGCCAAGGAGGGCACAGAUGACUAUCAACAGCGACUUGGAGAGGAGCUUGCGCUUGCGGAUGUCAUUUUCAGUUGCACUCCUUCAAUCGAGCCAAACUUCUCAUUUGCAGAGUUGCAAAAGGUACCUAAGCAAAGAUUUAUUUCCCUUAUCGGCUCAUAUAAGCCACCUAUGCAUGAGAUUGACACGGAUACACUGCUCUCUGGUGGCAAGGUCUAUGUUGAUUCUAAGUCUGCUUGCCUUGAGGAAUCUGGGGAGUUGAUUACAGCUGGGCUUGGGGAGGAUGAUCUGAUUGAGAUGGGCGAUCUCUUGGGGGAUGGGACUAUUGUGAAUGAUACACUUGAUGUUCCGAAUGGGCACAAUGUGGUAUAUAAAUGUGUUGGAAUGGGUUUGAUGGAUCUUGUCAUUGGAAAGAAGGUGCUUGAUGUCGGGGCUGAAAUGGGGCUUGGCACACAUGUAGAGGGCUUCUAG